GCGGGGCGGACGGCGCGGCCGCGAUGAGGCGCCGGUUCUGAACCAUUACUCGCUCCUUCGAAGCCAUGGAAAAAGGAAAACCGUUUAAACUCUUCGUGCCGCCACGUUUGAGCGGCGGUCAGGUGUCUGCAGUCAAACCCCAGACCAGCGCUCGGGCCGCAGAGCCGUGCCAGGGUUUUAACAAAUGUCCAGGUGAUGAUUUUAAUUUACCUUUUGUAAUGACAACUGCGGCAAGCCAUGGUGAAAUCACUGAUGCAGAUUCAAUUUCACAGCAAACAAAACUUUGCCCUGAGGUGGAUGAAGAGAAUCUGGAAACAAUGAAUGAAUUGUAUUCAAAACUCUACAAAGAGGCUGAGAAGAUCAAGCGAUGGAAACUGGCUGUAGAAUCAGAACUAAAGCAGAAGGAAAGAAAAUUUCAAGAAAAUAGAAAGAUUAUUGAAGCACAGCGUAAAGCCAUUCAAGAAUUGCAGUUUGAAAAUGAAAAGCUAAGUUUGAAGCUGGAAGAUGAGAUAUGUGAAAAUAAAGAUCUUUUAAAAGAAAACAGUGCCUCAAGACACCUGUGUAACCUGCUCAAAGAAACCUGUAGUCACUUCACAGAGAAGUCCACCAAAUAUGAACAUGAAAGAGAAGAAACAAGACAACUAUAUGAGGAACUUAAUAACAACAUUGAAAGAAUGAUAGUGGCAUUUGAAGAGCUUCGUGUGCAAGCAGAGAACACCAGACUGGAAAUGUGUUUCAAAUUAAAAGAAGCAGAAGAAAAAAUGGACAACUUUGAAAGAGAAAGCAAGCUAGAAGUCAGUAUGAAGGAAAAGCAGAUUUCAGAUCUUACUGCAAGGUGUAAUGAAAAAGACGAUGUAAUAAGAGACAUCAAGACUCACCUGCAGGAAUCAAAAAAUAAGAUUGCGGACUUAGAAGAAGCAAAAAGGCAUGAAGGGGAAAUGUUAAAGGAAUCUCAGCUCAAUCAAGAAUAUUUAAAGGCAGAACUGGAAGAAGCUAAAAAUUCAUUGCGAAAAACAGAGGCUACUCAAGAGAGCUUAGAAACUGAACUGCAAAGUACAGUGAAAGCAUUAAUUCAGGUCACUCAGGAGAAAGAAACACAGAUGGAAGAAUGUAAAGAAGCAAAGGCUCUGCAUGCAUCCAUGUUAGAGGAGUUUGAGGCUUCUACUUACAAUUUGAAAAGUUUGCUGCAAGAAGAGCAGAAUAGAUUGAAGAAAUACAAAGAUGAGUCAAAACUCCUUACGUUGGAGCUCACAAAUAAGUCUGCUGAGCUUGAAGAGAUGACUAAACUAAAACACGAGAAAGAAAUGCAACUUGAAGAGCUGUCUGAAGCACUGAAAGAAUUGCAUGAUCUGACAGUACAGCUGACUUGUUCAGUUGAAAAGGAACAAAAUUAUUUGAAACAACUCACAUCACUGAAUGCAGAUCUCGAACGAGAGGCACAAAAGAAUGAGCAACUAACAGUGACUAUCAAUACGCUGUUAUUAGAGAAAGAACAAAUGGCACAAGAGAAAAGUAAUAUGGCUACAGAACUCAAGAAACUGCAGGAAAGUCAUGAGGAUCAAAGGGAAAAAGAAGAAAACAUAAAGCAGUUAGUAGAACACCUGGAAGAAGCAAAUGGUCAGCUGAGAAAUGAACUGGAGUCUUUGAGAGAGAAGAUGGCAAAGAAAGGUGAAGAAGUUAAAAGCAAACUGGAUGAAAGUGAAGAAAAUACUAAGAGUAUUGAAAAUGAAAUUCUGAAAAAGGAAAGACAGUUGAAGAUGCUAGAAAAUAAGUUGAACACCAUGAAGAAACAGGUGGAAAACAAAACAAAGUGCAUUGAAGAGUUACAGCAGGAGAAUAAGGCACUGAAAAAGAAAAUGACUGCAGAAAGCAAGAAAACAAGUAGUUAUGAAGGGAAGGUGAACAAGCUACAGUUAGAGAUGGAAAAUAUGAACAAGCAACAUAAAGCAAGAGUUGACAUUUAUGAAAAGGAAAUUGAAGCAAAAGGAGUAACUGAAAAUAACUUACUUGAAGAGGUAGAAAAAAUGAGGUUACUUGCUGAUGAAGCAACAAUAGCACAGAGAGAAGCUGAUAUCCGAUGUCAACACAAGAUAACUGAAAUGAUGGCACUUAUGGAAAAGCACAAGCAUGAAUAUGAUAAAAUGGUUGAAGAAAAAGAUACAGAGUUAAAACUAUAUAAGAUAAAAGAGCAAGAGCAGGCAUCAUUGAAAAGAGCUUUGGAAACUGAACUAUCAUGUUUGAAAAGUGAGCUGUCAUCCCUUAAGGAACAGCUUAAGGCAGAAAUUGAAAACAAGAAGAAUCUUGCAAAAGACCUCUCCAAAAAUAGAGCUCCUGAAACUGAAAAGAAGGACAAGAAAAUACAAACUCAUUUUUCUGAGACUCCUAAACCUCAUUCAGAUCCGGACUCUGCAUCUAUUAAUGUAAAAAAACUCUUCUCUCAGAGUGAUAUUCCCAUAAAAACCAGCGUGAUGGAAAGUACAAAAACAUCUCCUCGAGCAUUUCUACAGAGUCCUUUGGUCAGACGAUCCUUGAAGAGCCUUGUUUCAGAUGAAGAAGUAUUUAAAAAAUUAUACAAAGAUUAUCCACAAGCUUCACAAUUAUACGCAAUGACACCAAAACAGAAACCAACUGCAUCAAACCUGAAAGCUCCGAGCUCUGCACUGAAGCUUGCAACUAUGAGAAAAGUGAGAGAGACUGGAUGGACCGCAGUUUCCAAAAUGGACAGGAAGAGAAAAAUUAAAGAUUCUGAAAAACUCUUCUCUUAAAAAAAAAAAAAAAAAAACAACAACAUUACCCUAACACUAUUUGAUUAGGACAACUCAGUGUUCUCUGAGCAUUAGUGCUUUGUUACAUUUUUCUGCCACAUUCAAUAUGUUGAAUACAUUAAUUUCCUUGAUUCAGACAGUCCUUAUAUAACUACAGUCUGCAGAGCAUUUUCAGUGUUUUAUUCAUGUUAUAGAAAGUCUGGAGACAUUUUAAUAUUGAAAUGAGAAUAGUUCAAAGAAAACUGUUGCAAAAAAAUUCUGUUACUAGAAAUGCUGGCUUUAAAGAAAUUCAGUCUUGUUCUUCUAAAUUUACUCUCUCUUUCUUAAUACACAAUUCACAAAGCUAUAUUAUUUAGUAAAUGAAAUGCUGAAGCUGCUAAUGUGCAGCAUUUUUACCCAAAGUUGUCUUACAUUUUCUUCUUGUUGAGUGUUUUGUUGCCAGUAGCUACUUCCUCCUAUGUUAGAAUAGUUUUGAAACUUCCAUAAUUCUAUUUUCAAUAGAAUUAUGAAGGUUUAAGAUCUCUGUGUCAUUAGGAACAAAAUACACACACACAGUUUAAGACUGUAACCGGUGUUAAGAUGUCAUUAAAUUGUUGACCUCGAAGUGUG